CAUGGGCAGACAAACCGUACGUCCGUUUGUCCGGACCGGAGGGGCAGUGGGCGCCAUCUUCUUCUAGGCUCACUGAGGGUCUACUUGUUUUGGGGAGGCUGCUGUGACGAGGAGUUCCCUCAGCCUCCGGCCUUGUGUGUCCGACUCGGCAGCAGUGGUGUGUGUUUAUUGCCAAGUGCGAAACAGUUCCCCUCGGGGCGCCGGGGGUGGGGAGGGCUGGGCGACCAAGCCGGAAGAACGGCGAAAGGCGGGACCGGCGGCCGCGCCAGUAUCUAGCGUAGCUCCUGCCGUUAGGGCAUCCUCUUUUCUUGCUAAAACACCGACUCUCCCUUUCCCGUCAGCUUCCAUGUGGUGGUGUAUGUGCGCUUCCCAGGGAUUUUGAGAGUGAAGAUCUCGAAGGAUUUCAUAGGUAUUUUUUUUUUCUUUGCUAUGUCAUCGUAGUCGGUGGUGGCAGAAAAGCGCUGCAGGCCCGGCUCGUUAGGCUUGAGAAGGGCAAGUGUUUUCAGUUAGAUUUGGGGGCAGUUCACCCUCUGGCGAGUUAGGGUGGAAUGUUUGCCCUUGAGACGGCGUAACGGAAAGGCACAGAGGUUGGGCGGUCCAGGUUAAUUUGAAGGCUGAUUUUGGCUGAAAGUCUGGCGACAACAUCGGAUCCUACGUAGCAACUUUGGCCUGGCGCGAAAGAAGGAAGCUCUGACCCCUGGGAGUUGUGGACAAAGGCUUUGGGCUGUAGAAUCGAUGCCUUCGGAUGAUUCCCGUUUGAGGAUGUUAGGAGAAAUCCUGUGCCAUGUGGAUUCGUCUUCAUUUACAGUUCUUAGGGACUGUGGCUCUCAUUGGUCAUUCCUUUGGUUUUUAUUUUAAACAUCUACAUUAUAAAAGUUGGAUCAUCGUAAAGAAUAAUUAUGGGUUGGUGUAGAUUAUUUUCUGCAGGGGAAACUCACGUUUAGAGUGUGAAUAUGCUACAUCAUGACUUUGGGCUUUACGAAGUAGUCGCAGAGUUAAAAUUCUGACCCUCACCAUAUCUGGAAAAUGACUUUUUCUUCGCUAGUUAAAAAUCAAAUGGAUCUGAUGAGAUAUUACUUAUUCAAAUUCUGCCUCCCUCCCGUUUCCCUCUCCGUAUCCCCUUAAGUCUUGAUUAGAAGAUGCACAUUAUAUAUUGUUUAGUUAUAAUGGUGAUUAAGUGGGAUGAAUCGUUGGAUAAAAAUAGUUAUUUAAAAUGCGCUUUUAAUUUCACUGACUUACUCUUAAGUGACCUUUUAGGGACCCACUCUUCUUUUCAUAAAAAUUUUAACAGAUUAUUGUCUUCAAAUGAACACAAAGGCACAAAAAUACUUUUUGCAUUCAUAACUAGAAAACGCAAAAUUUUAAUUGCAGACUACUUGAAGUUAAGUUGCUUUUACAGAAUUAACAGGUCUCCAAGAAAUUUUAAAAAAGGUCAUUAUUGCUGUGGUUUGAGCUCAGCAUGGCUGUAGUCAUCCGUUUACUGGGGCUUCCUUUUAUUGCGGGGCCUGUGGAUAUUCGUCACUUCUUCACGGGAUUGACUAUUCCUGAUGGAGGAGUGCAUAUAAUUGGAGGGGAAAUUGGGGAGGCUUUUAUUAUUUUUGCAACAGAUGAAGACGCAAGACGUGCCAUAAGUCGUUCAGGAGGGUUUAUCAAGGAUUCAUCUGUAGAGCUCUUUCUUAGUAGCAAGGCAGAAAUGCAGAAGACUAUAGAAAUGAAAAGAACUGAUCGUGUAGGAAGAGGGCGUCCAGGAUCUGGGACAUCAGGGGUUGGCAGCCUGUCUAAUAUUAUUGAGUCUGUUAAGGAAGAAGCAAGUAAUUCUGGAUAUGGCUCUUCAAUUAAUCAAGAUGCUGGGUUUCAUAGUAAUGGUACAGGACAUGGUAAUUUAAGGCCAAGAAAGACGAGGCCAUUGAAGGCUGAGAAUCCUUACUUGUUUCUACGAGGUUUGCCUUACCUAGUAAAUGAAGAUGAUGUACGUGUCUUUUUCUCUGGUUUGUGCGUGGAUGGAGUAAUUUUCUUAAAACAUCACGAUGGCCGAAAUAAUGGCGAUGCCAUAGUAAAAUUUGCUUCAUGUGUUGAUGCUUCAGGAGGUCUUAAAUGUCAUAGAAGUUUUAUGGGUUCAAGAUUUAUAGAAGUAAUGCAAGGAUCAGAACAACAGUGGAUUGAGUUUGGUGGUAAUGCAGUUAAGGAGGGUGACGUUCUUAGGAGAUCUGAAGAACAUUCUCCACCAAGAGGAAUUAAUGAUAGACAUUUUCGAAAACGAUCUCAUUCAAAAUCUCCCAGAAGAACACGUUCUCGUUCCCCUCUUGGAUUUUAUGUUCACUUAAAAAAUCUGUCCCUCAGUAUUGACGAAAGAGAUUUAAGAAAUUUCUUUAGAGGUACUGAUCUGACUGAUGAACAGAUUAGGUUUUUAUAUAAAGAUGAAAAUAGAACAAGAUAUGCCUUUGUGAUGUUCAAGACUCUGAAAGACUAUAAUACUGCUCUGAGUUUACAUAAGACUGUUUUGCAAUAUCGUCCAGUUCAUAUUGAUCCAAUUUCUAGAAAACAAAUGCUGAAGUUCAUUGCACGUUAUGAAAAGAAGAGAUCAGGGUCACCAGAGAGAGAUAGGCCGGGACAUGUUUCACAAAAAUACUCUCAAGAAGGUAACUCUGGCCAGAAGCUGUGCAUCUAUAUAAGAAAUUUUCCAUUUGAUGUUACAAAAGUUGAAGUGCAGAAGUUCUUUGCAGACUUUCUUCUUGCUGAGGAUGAUAUUUACUUGCUUUAUGAUGACAAAGGUGUUGGUCUGGGAGAAGCAUUAGUGAAAUUUAAAUCAGAAGAACAGGCCAUGAAAGCUGAACGUUUAAACCGACGAAGAUUCUUAGGGACAGAGGUAUUAUUAAGACUUAUAUCUGAGGCACAAAUGCAGGAGUUUGGUGUAAAUUUUUCCUUGAUGUCCAGUGAAAAAAUGCAAGCUCGCUCACAGUCACGUGAGCGAGGUGACCAUUCCCAGUUAUUUGACUCAAAAGACCCACCAGUAUACUCAGUUGGUGCUUUUGAAAACUUUAGACAUCACAUAGAGGACUUGAGGCAACUGGAUAACUUGAAGCAUCCCCAGAGGGAUUUCCGGCAGCCUGACAGGCACCCUCCAGAAGAGUUCCGGCACUCCUCAGAGGACUUUAGGUUCCCCCCGGAGGACUUCAGGCACUCCCCAGAGGACUUCAGGCGACCUAGGGAGGAAGACUUCAGGCGGCCUUCUGAGGAGGACUUCAGGCGUCCUUGGGAGGAAGAUUUCAGGCGCCCUCCGGAGGAUGACUUCAGGCACCCUAGGGAGGAGGACUGGAGGAGGCCUCUUGAGGAGGAUUGGAGGCGGCCACUGGAGGAGGAUUUCAGGCGGUCUCCCACGGAGGACUUCAGGCAGCUCCCCGAGGAGGACUUCAGGCAACCCCCUGAGGAGGACUUCAGGUGGCUCCCAGAGGAAGAUUUCAGGCAGCCACCUGAGGAGGACUGGAGAUGGCCCCCAGAGGAGGACUUUAGGCGGCCUCUUCAGGGAGAAUGGAGGCGACCACCCGAGGAUGACUUCAGGCGGCCCCCAGAGGAGGAUUUCAGGCAUUCCCCUGAGGAGGACUUCAGGCAGUCACCCCAGGAGCAUUUCCGGAGGCCACCUCAGGAGCAUUUCCGUCGGCCACCACCAGAGCAUUUCCGGAGACCACCUCCAGAGCAUUUUAGGCGGCCUCCCCCAGAGCACUUCCGGCGGCCACCCCCAGAGCAUUUCAGGCGGCCACCCCCAGAGCAUUUCAGGCGCCCGCCCCCGGAGCACUUCCGGAGACCGCCCCAGGAGCAUUUCAGGCGGCCGCCUCAGGAGCAUUUCAGGCGCUCCCGAGAGGAAGAUUUCAGGCACCCACCAGAUGAAGACUUCAGGGGCCCUCCCGAUGAAGACUUUAGGCACCCUCCUGAUGAGGACUUCAGGAGCCCCCAGGAGGAAGAUUUUAGAUGCCCUUCUGAUGAGGACUUCAGGCAGCUCCCAGAGGAAGACCUUAGGGAAGCUCCGGAGGAGGACCCUAGACUUCCUGACAAUUUUAGACCUCCUGGUGAGGAUUUUAGGAGCCCGCCUGAUGAUUUUAGAAGUCACCGCCCUUUUGUGAAUUUUGGUCGCCCAGAAGGUGGCAAGUUUGAUUUUGGAAAGCAUAAUAUGGGAAGUUUUCCUGAGGGGAGAUUUAUGCCUGAUCCAAAGAUAAAUUGUGGUUCAGGUAGAGUAACUCCUAUUAAGAUAAUGAAUCUUCCAUUUAAAGCUAAUGUUAAUGAAAUUUUAGACUUUUUCCAUGGUUACAGAAUCAUACCUGAUUCAGUUUCAAUACAGUAUAAUGAGCAAGGCUUACCUACAGGGGAAGCCAUUGUUGCUAUGAUAAACUAUAAUGAAGCUAUGGCUGCUAUUAAAGAUCUAAAUGAUAGGCCAGUUGGGCCCCGAAAAGUUAAGUUAACUUUGCUGUAGAGAGAGAGCAUUUCUAAAUUCAGUUAUCUUCCUUGCAGUAUUGAUGGAGUAAAAUACAUUUGUUUUAAAAAAGUGUUGUUUUUUUUUUAAAUUAUCUAAUGAAAUAUUUUAUUUUUGACCUGUGAAUAGAACGAAUGUAAAUAGUAGAAUGUGAAUCUGGUUUUCUUUUGCUUGCAAAUUGCCAUUCAUUUUUUUUUCUAAUUUAAAAUUACACAUGCUGUUUUUUCUUUGAUGGGGAGAAAGAACUAAUUCCCUGAGUUCAUUCAUUUUUGUUGAUGUCAUGGGUAAGCUUCAAGACUUAUUGAAGUAGAGUUGUAUUUGGGGAAGAUACAUUUUAUAUUCACUUUUUUUUUUCUUUCUGUAGUCUACAUCUUUUACUCAAACUGUAUAAGGAAAUAGUGACCGAUUGUUCAGGUUUGGCAUUUUCAUUGCUACCUGCCUGCAGAAUUAAUGCCCUCUUCCUUGUCUGAGAUAUUACUGUGUUAAGUGUCCUGUUAAUUAUAAAUAGUUCAAAAUGGACAGACUGUCAACUUGAAAUUUACUUAUGUAAAAAGCUUAGGUGAUUCUUAGGGUUUCCAUGUUCAUAACUUUACAGAGUUUUAUAAAAAUAAAAUUGCAGCUUAAUAGAACUAAUUAACUUGUAUUUGUAUAAAAAGAAAAAAGAAUUGCAGCUUGAUAUUGUGAAGUUUUUCAAUAACUUCAUUAAACCAUAUUUAUGAUGGGAGGGACCAGACAUUCUAUAGUAAUAAUGUAUAGUGCUGUGUAUAAUUCCAUGGUUUCUUCAACAUCUUAUCAACCAAGUAAAAUUAAUACAACAUACGCAAAAGAUAGUAAAGUAAGAAUCUAAUUGUAGGUGCAAGGGGACUCAGGCUUAUGCUGGGAAGAAUCUGAAAAAUGGUAUAGUUUGUUUUUCUAGGAAGAAUUUACUGAUGAGUCACAUAACUUGCAUGUAAUAUUAGGUUCUCAUUUUUUAGCUUCAAAACUUUGUGUCCAUGCAAAGACUCUAUAACUGUUAAGACUUGUGUGGUUGAAUUUUGACUUCUUUGAUAUUCAGCAUUUAGUGCAUACAUUUUGCAACUAGGGAAUUUGAUUUUCUAUACCCAUAAUAAUAUUUAUGGCUAACAUUUAUUAGGCACUUACUAUGUGCUAGGCACUGUAAGCACUUUACAUGCAUAAUCUCGGUAUUCCCUGUGAGUACAGGGUUAAUUAUUUACCUCUAUUUCACAAAUCAGAUAAUGAAGUGGGAUGAAGUGGGAGGUUAAGCAACUUGCUUGAAGUCAUAGGUAGUAAAUCAUGGGGCCAAUUUUAACCCAGAGAGACCACUGACUCCAGUUCAUUCUUUUGCUGCCUCACUUUUUUAAAUGUUAUUUUUAAUUAGGAAGACCAUGCUAAAGAUACUUUCAAGGAUAAGUGAUUAUUUUCUCACUUCAAUUGUUGGUUUAAAAUUAGCAUAAAUAGGUAAAACUAGCAUGUUCAAACACUGAGCUCAAACAUUAGCAUUAUUAAUAAAAACCGAGUGACUUUAGAUGUUUCUUUCUAUCCAGGGUUUCUCUUGGGAUACUCACAUUGUAUAUUACUGGCUUAUAUUUCAAAAUUGUUCAUUUUAUUCAACAUGAUUGACUUUGGUUGGCCUUUUAUAAUUUACAUAAAACAUAAUUUUCCUCAGUUCUGUAAUCCAGAUUUUCCCCAUUGAGUAAAUAAUACAAUUAAAUUUACAUAUGGUAAUUUAGACAUUUAAUAGGAUAUUGCAUAUGUAGAAUACUUUGUCAGUACUUAUUAGUUACUACCUAUAUGUAUUUUUGUGUUACUUUUCAGUGAUUUAAAGAAAUCUAACAGAAAUCUGCUUAAAUUUGUUUUAAAUAGUGAAUAUCCUGCUCACUAUGGAAUGAAUAAACAGGUAAAUUUGAUAUGAAAAAGCACCUUAGUAUGAUUCUUUAAAGUAUAAGCUUGUGAGUAGCUAGGAUAAUGUUAAAUUGAUUGUUUGGAAUAUCCAAACCAAGCACAAUGAAGAAAGUAGAAAGAAAUGAUAUUUUUAAUUGAGCAAAGAUUAUAUAGAUGGUUCAUUUGGUCACCCAUUUUGAAUAAUAUAUGGAAAGUUAAAAAAUACUUCUCAGAUACAAAGGAAUAAAGCUAAGAUGAAGCUUAACGUGAGGGAUUACUUACUGUGGAACUGCAUUUCAAACUGGGCUGAGGUGGGAUGGUGGUGGUAGAUAAGAGGCCAGCUAGAGUAAACAUAAGCUUUGUAGUUUUAUUAUUUUAAGAGUCAGAGUCUUGUUCUGCUGGCCAGGCUGGAGUGCAGUGGUCUGAUAAUGGUUCACUGUAGCUUCUAACUCCUGGGCUCAAGCUGUCUUCCUGCCUCAGCCUCCUGAGAGCUGGGACUACAGGUGUGUGUCACCUUGUCUGGCCAAAUUUUUUAUUAUUCGUAGAGACAGGGUCUCACUGUGUUGCCCAGGCUGUUCUCAAAUUUCUGGCCUCAAGCAGUCCUCCCUCCUUGGUCUCCCAGAAUGUGUUGGGAUUACAGGUGUGAGCCACUGUGCCCAGCCUUGUAUUUUGAUUUUUAAAUUAAUUUAUGUGAAUAUUUCGUUUUACUCUAUAUCAGGGCUUAAUAUUUUUAAACUUCAUUAUAAAAAGUUGAUUACAGAAAGUGGUAUCUUCUAGUUGGGAGCCAUCUUCGCACAUCUCUCUCCAACUCUGCCUUUAGUGAUAUGUCAAUAACAAAUUGGCCAUGGCGGGAGCAUUUUACACCAUGGAAACUGAUAAAUGCAGCAAAUCAAGGAAUUCCCCUCCUGUUGUCCCCUCAGAAAGCCAGCUUCCCAGCACCUCAUCAAUUUCAUAUAUAAAAAAAGAAUAGUAAAUUUUCAUGUACACAUCACUCAGCUUCAGUAAUUGUCAUCUCAUAGCCAGUUUUUCCUCUCCUAUCCUCAAGGUAUACCAGGUACACUGGAGGUGUAUUCUCUAGCCUGAUAUCCAGUGGCAUUUGUCUUAAAGCCAAACAUUUUUGUCUAGAAAUUAUCUAAAAAAAUGUAGAUCAUGUCUAGAAAGUCAAUCCCACAACCAAGAGAUAGGUAAAAAUCAUGUUAGGAGUGCAUUUCUAUUAAUUUACUGAGAUCACUGUUAAGAGCAGUGAUUCUUGAUCCAUAUAUCACCUGUUAAGUGGUGACCUUGCUGCCUCUGUUUUUGCAGUAAAUAUUAGCUGUUGUUUAUUGAACUGUAUUAGAUACUAUAUGAUGUAUAAUUAUGUAUGAAUUAACUGUCAUUUAAUUCUGAUAAUCUGAAAUUUCAAAUGCCCCGAAAAUCACAAACUUUUUGAGUGCCAACAUGAUGCUCAAAGAAAAUGCUCAUUGCAGCUUUAAGAUUUCAGAUUUUUGGGUUAGGAAUGUUGAACUGGUAUAAUGCAAAUACUCCAAAAUCUGAAGAAAUCCAAAGUCUUAAAUACUUCUGGUCCCAAGCACUUCAGAUAAAGGAUACUGAAUUUGUAUUCCUAUUUUGGAGAUAAGAGAUGGAGACUUACAGGCUGGGUUGGAUUGGUUGCCUGUUUUUUGUUGUUGUAGUGGGAAGCUAGGAAUGGUUUUUCACAUUUUUUAAGUGUACUUAAGUCUUAAAUGGUUACAUAGGUAGCUGUAUAAUAGUCUUGAAUUUGCCUCAAACCACGAAGAAUAAGAGUAUUUUUUUCUAUCUGGCCCUUUAAGAAGUUUGCCAACCUAGGACUGGUCUAAAUAAUGAAAAUUUUACAUUAAUAAAAGUAUUUUCAUGGAUAGUAUUCCUUUUGUUCUUAGAAUAUUUCUUUGAGGUAGGCAGAAUGUAUGUUUUAUUCCAGAAUUAUUGUUUUACGCAGUUUUAACUUUACAAAUAAGGCAAAUAAUGCUCAAGAGAAGUUGCUAUUUAGUAAGCAGCAAAAUAAUAACUCUGUUGUUUUCCCCCGAAGUACAACCAAAUUUAAAUACCGAGUGAGGAAGCAGUAAAUAUCCAAUGAUAUCCUGAGUUUCUUAAGAAUAUUAAUUUAGGGUUUUAAAAUGUUUUAAAUAUUUUACAAAAAAGUACUGAAAUAACUUUGUCACUUAGGACUAUUCUCAGGAAGGAGUGCUUUGUUAAGAACAGAGCCACGAAUGACAAAGUCAAAAGCUUUCUAGAAAGUCUUUAUUUUUCUGUUACGAAUAAUUGCAUUUUCUAAUUAUCCCAAAUGAUUUUAUAAAUUCCGUAACUUUUAUAUGCCUGCCUGGGAUCCAUGAAAUAAAAGUAUUCCUUACCAAAAGAGAAGCAUCAGAUACACUGAAAGGCUCAAUGUUUUAUAUUUUCAGAAAUAAAAGUGACUGUAUACCCUUUUAUUAACUAUAUGGUAGCUUGGUAAAAUUUUUAUAGAAUUUUUAAUGAUCUAUGGUGUUCUAUGAUGAGGCAACAUUCCACCAAAUUAGACUUCCAAAAGUUGCAGUAUCAUGUAUAAUUAUGACAGUUUUGUUUUAAAACCAGAGUCAGACUGAAUGUGGCUUUUUUACAGCUAAAAUUUAUGCCUUAUGUGUAUUCAUAAAACAUUGAUAUCUUAGUGUCACAUUAUCUUUACUCUUUGAUUAUACUCUUCUUGAAAAGUAAAUUUACUUAUCAAAUGAUAAAGUUUUAGGGAAUGUUAAAAAAAACUUUUUUUCUUAAGGCUUCAUGGAAUAGAAUUACAUGUAAUCAGAAUGACUACAUAAGACCCUUUUCUGGUAAUGAAAGCAUGGAGUCUUAACCAAAAAGCUAAGCAGAAUUGUUAGAUCUUUUGGUUUCUGUCAUAAUGUACUGUGGAACUUCAAGUAGAUAUAGUACAUUAAUAUGAAAUACUUUGAAAUACACAUCUUUAAAAAAAGGCACUUACACAAAAAUAAUGUAACACUAGGUAGGAUGUUGAAAUGACUAGUAUGCAAUAUUUUUUAAAGCCUUCAUUUUUGGUCAGCAUAAGUUUCCUUUAAUUAUUUUUCUGUUUCCAGUUGGACUUCACUUUGAGGCUUAACAUAGCAAAGUGAGUAUAAAGUUCUACAAUUUAGUAAUUGUGGAUUUCAUGUCAUUUAUGAUGAACAUGGAAAUGUGUAGUUUACUUAAGAAAAUUUUCUUCUUCUGUAACAUCUAACUCUUCAUCCUCAUCAUCUUCUGCUUGUUGAUCCUUUCUUAGUCGACAAGUGGAUACCUGUUAAAAGUUAACACACUUUUUAAAAUAAAAAUACUAACUUAAAAAAA